GGUUCUGGUAAUCCAUGGUUUAUGGUUGUGGAAUGGUUAAACUAUCAACACAUCCUGACUGGAAGAAAACGGCCGCAUGGAGGCUCUUCCUGAUCGCGAAGCAACAUGGAGCAGAUCACUGACCACCUCUGCAGGUAUAAAAACUACACUUUUGCUGCUGGUUACACAACUCCAGAAUACAUGGAUUCGCUCCAGAGCUUUGAAAUUCGAGAUACUGACAUAUUCCUUGUUACUUAUCCGAAGUCUGGCACUAUAUGGACUCAACAGAUCAUCAUCUCCAUCUGUGAGUUAGACGGAGGUCUGAAUGAAUAUCCAAACAACUUGGAACAAAUGCCGUGGCUGGAGUUCAAAUGGGCUCGAGAAGAUUACGCCCUACGACCGUCUCCACGACUCUUCGCCUCUCACCUCUUCCCGGCUCUCAUGCCUCCAGGACUGAAGGACAAGAAGGCAAAGAUAAUCUACGUGAUGCGGAAUCCAAAGGACAACAUCGUCUCCUACUACCACUUCAGUAGGAACUGUGGUGACCUUGAGACUCCCAAGAGCUUUGACUACUACCUUGAGCAGUAUCUGGCAGGAAACGUUGGCGGAUCAUCCUGGUUUGACCACAUCAGGGAGUGGCAUUCUAUGAGAGACCAGUACAACAUCCUCUUCCUGACCUAUGAGGACAUGAUUUUGGACCUGAAGGCAGCAGUAACUAAGAUCUGCACUUUCUUGGGGAAGAACUUGAGUGGAGCAGCCAUUGAGGAAGUUGUUGGAAAAGCUACAUUUAACAGCAUGAAGAAGAACUCAAAAGCCAACUACGAGUUUCUGCCGCAAGAGAAGGUGAAGAAAGACUUCAUGCGUAAAGGUAAGAUCGGUGACUGGAAGAACUACUUUACUGACGCUCAGAGUCAAAGAGUUGAUCAACUUCUUCAGGAGAGACUCGGUGAUUUGUCUCUGAAGUUUACCUGGGAAUAAGCAGAGCAGCCACCAACCAUAAGAUGUUUACAUCUUUUUAAGCCUGAAAUGCCCAAAAUUGAUUGACCCUGUGUCUUCCUUACACGUACAAUAUCUACACUAGCUAAUUAGAUCAGUUGAUAUGCAUCACAAUAUUGCUUUUAAUCCAUGUUUGAAGUUCUGUACCAGAAAAAAAUGAACACACAAGCAGAAAUACAACCAAUAAAUGCAGUU